UUUUUUGCUUUGUCACAUUUCAGAAAGACUAUGGGAGAUUGGUUACACUGUAAUACUUGCUAUAAACAGCCUGGAGAUGGUAGGGGCUAUUUUCUCACCAACUGUGGUCAUUUAUAUUGUGAAGGAUGCCAGAACAAAGGUUGGAUGGAAAAAUGUCUUCUCUGUGGAACAAAUAAACCAUCAGCACUAAAACUGACUUCAAAGCUAACCCCACCAGUAGAUGCUUAUUUUGCAGAACCAAUUAAAAUGUUGAAGCAAAUCUACUCUGAGAUGAAACAAGUUAUUGCAACUAUGGAGUUUCAGCAUCAUCAGAGAAAGAGAUAUGUUUCUCAGCUGCAGAAGAUUGUGUCAAAUCAGAGAGAAAUUGUGGAACAGCAUGAGAGGGAUUUGAAGGCAAAGAUCAGAGUAAAAGUUGACACCAUGGAAAAAGAAAACACAAAGCUGAAAGAAGAAAAUUGCUAUUUAAAGAGGCUUAUCAGUGAAAAGAGUCAUGGAAGUAUAAUGAG